AUAUCCCGCUCUCGCGGCAGCGUCCUAAACCCUCUUUCCAGCAAUGGGGCGUCCUAGUGGGUCUCUUGCUUCCCUCCUCUUCCGCCUCUCCCUCCUACUUCAGGCGGUUUGCUGGCUGCCGUGCACUGCCUCCGAUCCGUGCCAGGCGGGCUCCGGCGGUGCUGAAGUGACCUUGGAGGCUGGAGGCGCGGAGCUGGAGCCGGGCCAGGCUCUGGAAAAAGUAGUUUCUAUGGGCUGCCCUGGGCAAGAGUCAGCCCUGCUUAGCACUGACGAUGACUUCACUGUACUGAACGACAGAACAGUCCAGGAAAGGAAGCUCUCCCCAUCCAAACAUAUCUUACGAAGACACAAGAGAGAAUGGGUGGUCCCACCAAUAUCCGUCCCUGAGAAUGGCAAGGGUCCCUUCCCUCAGAAGCUGAAUCAGCUCAAAUCUAGUAAGGACAGAGGCACCAAGAUUUUCUACAGCAUCACGGGGCCUGGAGCAGACAGCCCCCCUGAGGGUGUCUUCACCAUAGAGAAGGAAACAGGCUGGUUGUUAUUGAAUAAGCCAUUGGACCGGGAGAAGAUUGCCAAGUAUGAGCUCUUUGGCCACGCUGUGUCAGAGAAUGGUGCCUCGGUGGAAGAGCCCAUGAACAUCUCCAUCAUCGUUACAGACCAGAAUGAUCACAAGCCCAAGUUCACCCAGGAUGUCUUCAGAGGGAGCGUCUUGGAGGGAGUACUGCCUGGCACCUCUGUGAUGCAGGUGACAGCCACAGAUGAGGAUGAUGCCAUCAAUACCUACAAUGGGGUGGUAGCUUACUCCAUUCAUAGCCAAGAACCAAAGGACCCUCAUGACCUCAUGUUCACCAUCCACCGGAAGACAGGCACCAUCAGCGUCAUCUCCAGUGGCCUGGACCGGGAGAAAGUCCCUAAGUACACAUUGACCAUCCAGGCUACAGACGUAGACGGGGACGGCUCCACCACCACAGCAGUGGCCAUAGUGGAUAUCCUUGAUGCCAAUGACAAUGCGCCCAUGUUUGAUCCCCAGAAGUAUGAGGCCCGCGUGCCUGAGAACAUGGUGGGCCAUGAGGUACAGAGGCUGACAGUGACUGACCUGGACGUCCCCAACUCACCGGCAUGGCGUGCCACCUACCGCAUCUUGGAAGGUGACGAUGGGGACCAUUUUACCAUCACCACCCACCCCGAGAGCAACCAGGGUAUCCUGACAACCAGGAAGGGCUUGGAUUUUGAGGCCAAAAACCAGCACACUCUGCAUGUUGAAGUGACCAAUGAGGCUCACUUUGUAGUGAAGCUCCCAACCUCCACGGCCACCAUAGUGGUCCAUGUGGAGGAUGUGAAUGAGGCACCUGUGUUUGUCCCACCCUCCAAAGUCGUCGAGGUCCAGGAGGACAUCUCUGUUGGGGAGCCUGUCUGCACCUACACUGCGCAGGACCCUGACAGGGGAAGUCAGAAGAUCAGCUACCGUAUCCUGAGAGACCCAGCAGAGUGGCUGGCAAUGGACCCAGACAGUGGGCAGGUCACUGCUGCAGGAGUCUUGGAUCGUGAGGAUGAACAGUUUGUGAGGAACAACAUCUACGAAGUCAUGGUCUUGGCCAUGGAUGAUGGGAGCCCUCCCACCACUGGCACGGGGACCCUCCUGCUAACGCUUAUGGAUGUCAACGACCAUGGCCCUAUCCCUGAGCCCCGUCAGAUCACCAUCUGCAACCAAAGCCCUGUGCCCCAAGUGCUGAACAUCACAGACAAGGACCUGUCCCCCCACACCUCCCCUUUCCAGGCUCAGCUCACACACGACUCGGACAUCUACUGGACAGCAGAGGUCAAUGAGAAAGGAGACACAGUGGCCUUGUCACUGAAGAAAUUCCUGAAGGAAGACACAUACAAUGUACACCUGUCUCUGUCCGACCGUGGCAACAAGAAACAGCUGGCAGUGAUCAGGGCCACCGUGUGCGACUGCCAUGGCCACGUGAAGACCUGCCCCGAACGCUGGAAGGGGGCUUUCCUCCUUCCCAUCCUGGGGGCCUUCCUGGCACUGCUGUUCCUCCUGCUGGUGCUCCUCUUGCUGGUGAGGAAGAAGCGGAAGGUCAAGGAACCCCUUCUGCUCCCGGAAGACGACACCCGUGACAACGUCUUCUACUAUGGCGAAGAGGGGGGCGGCGAGGAGGACCAGGACUAUGACAUCACCCAGCUCCACCGGGGUCUCGAUGCCCGGCCCAAGGUUGUUCUCCGAAAUGAUGUGGUGCCACCCUUUAUCCCAACAUCUAUGUACCGUCCACGACCAGCCAACCCAGAUGAAAUCGGCAACUUUAUCACCGAGAACCUGAAGGCAGCUAACACGGACCCCACCGCUCCGCCCUAUGACUCCCUGUUGGUGUUCGACUAUGAGGGCAGCAGCUCUGAGGCCCCCUCUUUGAGCUCCCUCACCUCCUCGGCCUCUGACCAGGACCACGACUAUGACUAUCUGAAUGAAUGGGGCAGCCGCUUCAAGAAGCUGGCCGACAUGUAUGGGGGUGGCCAGGAUGACUAGGGCUCUGGGACAGCAGGGCCAGGGACAAAACAUCAGGCCGCAACUGCAUCUUUAAAGGGUCUCAGUCCCCCCUCAGCAAAGGACUUUAGAGCUGUUGAGAAGUGGCCUUAGCAACUUGGAGGGAAGAGACCUCAAGUCUGACUUUGGAGGUGUUGGUUUCUAAGCCCAAACAUGGGCAGUUUUACUUCAGCACUGAAAAUCUCCGCCUAGGGCUGGGGUGCCUCUGAAGCUGAGUUUACAGGAGUCUCUUCCCUGCCAUGAAAUGCUCAGCCCUGUGUCUGGGGCCUGGACCGACUCUGACUCCCCACAAUCCCGUUCUCUCUGGACCAGACCUUUCUCCUGGUCCUCUCUCUGGACCAGAGGCCUCUUUGUACAACCUGGAUUUUAUUUUUAAUGCUAUUUUCAAAAUGUUAGAGGCGGGUCCUCAACCGUCCCCUGGAGCCCUCCAGAAGCCCAAGCCAGAGCUGCUCAGCUCAGGGGCCUCAUGCAUUUCUCUGAUCUCCAGGCCUCAGGGCCUCCUAUUUGAGUGGAUGACUGCAUUUUUAUACUAAGCGCGUCUAGGUUGUCUUUUAUUUUUA